GAUAACAUGUAACGUAACGUUAGUAUAUUGACAACAAAAGAUUUUAGAGGACUAUGGAAGUUAUUAACUUAAAAAGAAGUUACAGCUAUAUAUCAUUGUGCCCGUGUUAUCUUCGAUCUCUAGUGUGAUUUUCUGAACCAGAGAUGUUCCGUGCCGUUCCCUGCCACAGUCAUUGGUUCCGUGUACUGACAUUGUUUCCCCGGAGCAAUGAAUGGCGGACCAUAACAGGAAAGCGUACCGAGUGGAGAGGAACCGCAGCGAAGAGCGAACAGCAUACCUCCAUCAAUGCAGCAGUGACCCAUAGCCAACUGUGUAGUGAUGAUCUGACCUCAGAGAAACACCAUGCUCCCAGCCAAGCUGACCAGCAGGUUAGCUCUGAAUGCCCUGAGGAGGAUUCACCAUGGAGUUUCUUACCCCUGUCUUUACUCCUCGUCUAACAGCUUCCUUCAAACGGAAGGAGGGAUCACAAGAGAAGUGAGUCUCCGCUCAGUUCCCAGUGUGUUGGGAAGAGUGUUUUACAGCCAGAGUGCUGUCUGCCCGUCCCUCAGACUACACCAAACACAGCAAUAUGGCAGAAGAUCGUUCAGUUUAUCAGCUGCUACAAUUGUGAAUUCAGCACCAGCGCCUGUCCAGCCAUACCUGCGAUUGAUGAGGCUGGACAAACCUAUUGGGACAUGGCUGCUCUACAUCCCGUGUACGUGGAGCAUUGCGCUGGCUGCUGACCCUGGAUGUCUCCCUCAUCUAGGCAUGCUCACCCUGUUUGGUACAGGUGCUCUGCUGAUGAGAGGAGCGGGCUGCACCAUCAAUGACAUGUGGGAUAAAGACAUUGACAAAAAGGUGUCCAGGACGGCCACUCGACCCAUUGCAUCAGGAGAGAUUUCUCAGAUGCAGGCACUGGUGUUCUUAGGAGGGCAGCUUUCUCUGUCACUUGGAGUUCUGUUGUGUCUCAACUAUUACAGCAUAGCUUUGGGCGCUGCUUCAUUAUCUCUUGUCAUCUCCUACCCGCUGAUGAAGAGGAUCACUUAUUGGCCACAGGUUGUGUUAGGCCUCACUUUCAACUGGGGAGCGCUGCUCGGCUGGUCUGCUGUCAAAGGCUUCUGUGAUUGGUCCAUAUGCCUCCCACUGUAUUUUUCAGGAGUUAUGUGGACACUGAUAUAUGACACAAUAUAUGCACAUCAGGAUAAGGAGGAUGACGUCAAGGUAGGAGUCAAAUCUACUGCACUCAGGUUCCAGGAGCAAACCAAACUUUGGCUGAGUGGCUUCACAGUGGCCAUGAUGUCAGGACUGGUUGUAGCUGGAAUCAAUGCUGAACAGACUCUCCCAUACUAUGCUGUACUGUCCACAGUGGCCAUUCACCUUACGCAUCAGAUUUACACAUUGGACAUAAACAAACCAGAGGACUGCUGGAAGAAAUUUGUCUCAAACCGAAACGUUGGACUGUUGUUAUUUUUAGGUAUUGUUGCUGGCAAUUUGUGGAAAGAAAGAAGAGAGUCCUUGCUGCAGAAUGAGGAAGCAGACAGAUAAGUGAAAUAAUCAGAACCAAUAUUAUUUUCACUACAUUUACAGUACAUUAUAUUAUACAACGUUGGAUAGUAUCUUUUGGGAUUAUCCCUCUAAACUAAGGUCUAUGAGCAAGCAAAAAAAAAAAGUACUAUACACUGUGAUUUUAACCCUCACAAUAAUUCAUUGGAUACAUUUCUUUGCUCAUAAAACAUAUUUAACAGAUCACUUUUAAUCGAUAUUGUUGUAAAUUGAUAAAUAAAAUACCUCCUGGUACAUACAAAUAUAAUUCACUUCCCUGUUCAAGUGCUACUAAGUGGACCUCUAGUGGCUACAUACAUACACACAAAAUACGUCACAAUAAACAUGCAUAAUUGGGGAAAUUGUAAUGAGUUGUUGUUGCUAAAUACAACUCAAAGCUGAAUUAAGCAAUCUUUACUACUAGGGAGCAGACAAACAAUGGCCUCCUUAGGAAGUAUUUACUGGUCGUUUAGUUACAUUUUAUAAUAAUAAUAAUUAUACAUUAUAGCACUUUAAAAGGUACUCAAAGGCACUUUACAAAGUAAAGAAACAAAGAAAAUCAAUAGCAAGAUCAGUAUAAAAACAUCAAUAUCAACUAGAGAUAAAUAUGAAAAAGUUGCAGCAAAACAGCAUAGAAACAGGAUUUAUCCACCAACUAUUGAGAAAGAGAUCUGGGUUUUCAUUUCUUUAUGAGUCACUGGUUUACUUCAGCUCUCUGUCCUUUCAUGCAAGGCAGAUAGGGAAUACUUGUUUAAUGGGAACCACUGCCAAUUAUUUUAUGAAUGUUUUUUUCUGGGAGUAGUCACACUCAGUCAUUCAGUAUAUGUGCAGGUUGCGCAAUGUGAAAACAAUGUGAGUAAAGCGGCUAAAAGCUGCACAGACCUGCAGAUUUCUGUUAUGCUAGAGCUGCCCUCACAUGACACUGAGUCAUUUAUUUCAAGGCCAAUAUAUUUAAAAACAUAUCAUUUUAUGUAGGUUUAAAUGACAUUAGUGAUCUUCAGUUUAUGCUAGCAGAGAACCACCCUGCCCCAAAUUUUAAAUAUUGUUGCUUUUACUCCUGAAAUCUGGUUAAUUUAGCAAUAGUGGAUGAAACAUAGAAAUAAACUAUGAAUUUUAGUUACAUCUUCUAAGACUACUCAAGACAAGGAAUUAUUUAAUUAAAAUUACCCAUUGCUAUGGUGUUAUUAAUGUAGCUUUUUUAUCAUUUUCCCCCCCAACUCAACCAAACAGUAUUAACAACACAAAAAAUGGGCUUAGAUGACUAAAUUACUAAAUUGUGUUGAAUUUUAAUAAGAUAAAAGGAAGAAUUAUAUUGAAAAGUGGAAACAGACCUAUGUAUGUUAUAGACAAAAGUCUCAAACCAGACUUAUUUCUUAAUUCUACUGCUAUAACAAUACAAGCAACAAUCAUUUGAGUGUUUAUCCAGCUUAAACAAGUGUAUAUUUUCCUCCAUGUUGAUGAAGGUUUUGGGCACAAGUGCCUGUGUAUAUGAUAAUCUGCUUUCACUGUUGCUGCCCAGGUCAAAAAUCCCACAAAGUGACCUAAAUGGCAGCCAUGCCACAACACUGAGAAACUAAAAGUCAUAAACAACGGGAAACGUUUGCACCUUAUGUAAACCAGUCUACGCAGCCACAAAGCUGUUGUGGUGUUCCAUCGACGGGCAAACUCUGACAUACGACUCAACGCUUCAAUGGUCCAGAAAUCUCCAUCGCAUAGUCUGCUCCAGUCUGGGGAGUCUCCUGUUGCAUUGUCCCAGUAGCCAAGCCCAGCUGCGUUAUUGAGGCUUUCACUGAUCCUCCAGUGAGAAUAAUAUUGGAUCCUCAAAACUGCCGCCAGACCCCAAACCCACAGGACACCAUAGAGCUUGAUAGAGUUGGAGGGAUCAUAAGUGUUAUGUUUGAGAAAAUAGACAAGACAAUACCUUACCCACUCCAGCAAUAACACCUGCAUCAACUUAAGGAAGACUACAAUCAGUGGAUUAGGUGAAGGUUUUUGGCUGAUCCCUGCCAUUAAGGACAAAAAUUGUCUGUAGGAGCACAAAGGCCCACCAAGCAUUGUGGUGAAAUUGAGGCUGUAGCUGAUAAGCGGAAGAAGCAUCACACAAGCCUUCCUUAUGGUCAACGCUUUAAAUGUUAGCAGGACUCGUUUCUCCUGGAGGUCCAUGGACACUGAGGUCAUUCUCUGAGUGAGCAGCAUCAAAGAGGACACUGCUAAAAACAAUCUGAAAGUGGAAGAGUUGUUAAUUUGAUUACACGAGUCAUUUUAUAAAUGUUUAAUUAUCUUUUUGCAUUUUAUGUUUUUACCCAAAGCAUAAUAGUUCUGUGGUGGAAGACAAAUUAUUUCAUUCUUAAAGUACAUUUUCAGGAAAUGUUUUAGCACUUGAUUGACAGAAAGUAAUUUUUUGCUUUUUAAGUGGGUUUAAAAUGGUCAAUCAUGUUGUUUUUAUAUGCAUUUAUCUAUUUAUUCGGUUUAUGGGUUUUGGUUUUUGGGCUUUUCAUGGGGUUAGUUGACAAUAAGAAAAAUACAGAAUAUCACCAGACUUAUCCUUUAAAUACAAUAAUUCAUAUUUGAUGUUGGACGCUCUGGCAAAGCAUGAAGGUAUCAGUUUGCAUACCAAUGAACUGAUUUAAGAUUAGUACCUGAUGCUGACAGGUUCUUGCAAGUAGUAUUCCCUGUACUGUAUAAGCAGGUGCCAGAAGGUUUGCCACAACAUCUGGAUACCAAACACCCAGGCGUGGACACAGCUUGGAUCCACAGAGCACACGAGCAGAAUAAAGACAAAGGUAGAGGUGAACAGAAGCGAGCUGUAGAUGCCCAUAGUGAUGACUGCCAGGACGCAUCCUCCAACAGAAACAAACAGAUACCUGUAGAUGGAAAUUCAUGUUGACAAUCGGAAAAAUGCCAAAGAUUGGUUCUGCUUCAGCAUCUCCAGUGUGAUGAUUUGCUGCUUUUCUCUGUUUAAUAUAAUUGUAAACUGAAUAUUUCUGGUUUUGGACUGUUGGUCGUCAAAAAAAACAUUUGAACACGUCAGCAAGGAUUUGUCACUAUUUUCUGACAGGUUAUAGACCAAAUGAUUAAUCAGGAAAUGUUCUGCAGAUGAAUUGAUAAAAAACAAUUAUCGUUAGUUGCAUGUCUACUGACAACUUAUUGUGGUACUGACUUAUUUGACUGAAUUAUUUACGGUUUGUCAAGUCAAUUUAUUUAAAAAGGACAUUUAAAAACCAAUAUUUACCGCGUUGCUUUUACUAGUCUAAGUCUAACUUAAGUCUAAAAUACAAUCAGAUAAAUGAAAUACUAACAAGUAUGAAUACAUUUAUUAGACUGGUUCUGCUAUUGCCUUAUGUUCCAGUUGGACUAAUGACUUCAUAUUUCGUUUGCUUUACAAAUCAAACCAUGAACUUACUUAAAUUAAAAUUUAAAUAUAUUAGAAUAAAUAAUGAAUUACUGUUAUUACUCGACACGUUGCUUUUAAAAUGCAGUUUAAUAUAUAAUAAAAAUCUAUAAAUCGGUUUGUAAUUUCCUACCUGUAUGUCAACGACAGAUAUCCCCGUUUAGCAAGAAAAUAAAACAAAAAUGCGAAUGGGAGUGAAAAACAUUGGUGCAUUAGAAACUGAUGUUGUUCCCACAACCAGCUCAUCAAACCCAUAUCUGCGUCUGAGGAUCACUGACAGAAGACCGAAGCUGCUGACGUUUGCUGCUGAUUGUUUUAUUAGACGGGUGAAAUACUUGUUUUACCCCAUCCGACUGUCUUUGCCAUUCCACCUUUGGCCUGCAUUAAAGCAAUCCCUUUUGUUUACCAUUAUCACACAGUACUGAUAAUAGCUUUUCUUUUUGUUUAACAUUAUCAGUACCGUGGGAUACAAAGGCUUUUUAGUUAGUCCAUAUUUUAGCAACUGUAGCAACCAAAAACCACCCCCCAUUAAUCAAACAAAUACAGUAUCAACCCAGGAAGUCUGUUUUCACUGUUAUUCUAUUGCGUGUUUGGUUAAUAUUUCUCAUAAACUGUCACACAAUCUUAAUCUUAAUUUGUAUUAUAGGCCUGGUUGACCAGUUGUCAACACACGGAAAACAACAAACAAUUAGUGUAAACAAAGUAAGAGAUAGAAAAGUCCAAGAUAAAAAUGGAGGUCAAGGACCAGCUCCUGUGUCACCUGUAAAAUUUCUUACCCCAUCAAUGAAAAACAAAGUCAUUUCACUGCUUUUAACCUUCUCGCCCGAGGUUAUAUUUAUUUUUUACAUAUUAUUUAUUCAAUAUUACAAACUGGUUUGUCAAAUGUAUGAUGAAUUUAUCAAAAUAGUAUCAGGGUCUGAGCCACAGCACCCUGGCUUUAUGUCGGUUAUACAACAAUGAAAUCAAGUUUUACCUAUAAAUAACAAUGUACAAUUCACUUCUAUAUCAAUUUAAAGCUACUUUUGGCGGAACAAAUUUGGUACAUUUCUGACAACUUUCCCUAAAAGUCUGAGUAUUCAUUAUUAUGCAUUUAUUAUUUAUUUCAGUAUUAUACUGUGUGUAGCUAAAUUAUGUUCCUGCCCACUGAACUUUGCACAAGAGAUGUCUGACCUCGUUUGACCCAACCUUGGAAAAAGUAAAAAAUUUAGAAAGCAUUUUCAUACUGACCUAUAUUUCUGACUAUUUGAAGGUGUCUCACGCUGAAUAAUGUUUACUGUCUUCCUGUCAAUACAAGACUACCGUUGUAAUUAUAUCCUUGACUGCAUUUUGUACAAUAGGGUGCAGUAGGAUGUUUUGAGCUGCCCUUAUUAAGGCAUUUUCAAAGGUAAGCACUGCAGGUCUGACCUGUCUGGAAAUAUGUUACACAACACUUUGUUGUGAAAAGGGCUGUAUAAAUAAAGUUUAUUAUUAUAUCGCAUGUAUUUUGGGAAAGUUUGUCACGAUCAGUUAGCAGGGUUCAGAGAAUUGCGGACCCAAAUGCAGAGACGGGUAGGCAGUACUAGUACUAGAAGACAACAAACUCCCAGAGAGGAGAAAAGGUGACAAUAAAACAUCAAUUUUCUUGUUGUGUGGUCGCCUGCCUAGCUUUGUGUACUUAAGUCAUUCAGUGUUUCCUGGUCAGUGAUGAAAUGCCAACACUGCACAAUUUCUUAUCAAAUCUUACAAACUCAAAUUCCAAUGUGCAUGACUGUCAAAUGUUAGUCCACCAUAGUGGUGUUAAAUCCAUUAAAUUGUGUAAAACGUAAAUAAAAACAGAUUAGUGAUAAA